CACUUCUACUUCUUCACCACAACCCCUCUCUCUCUCUCUCUACAAAUUUUUUGCCUCCAAAAUCAAAAUCCCUAGACAGAAAAUAGAAAGAGGCAGAGAGAAAGCGGGAGAGAGAGAGGGAGAGAGAAGCCAUGGAAAGGCUUCUAUCCUCUUCAUCCCCAACCCUUUUGAAACUCCAUCUCAAACCCUCUCCUCUCCUUAAUCGACCCGCCCUUAUUGACUCGGCCAAACUCGGUUUUCCCGCUUCACAGUUGCCCAAUUUCAGACGGGUCGGCUUGGUUUCCUGCAAACAUCAAAACCCAUCUCCAUUUUCUUCUGGUUCUCAUUCUUCAUCAGCGCCGUGCAACAUUCUUCCGUCUCUAUCGUCGAACCAGGCCGGGUCGCCAAAUGGGUCGGAGCCAAAAUCCCAGAUUCUCAAUCAGAUUGCAACCGGGGUUCCUAAGCAGCGCAAGGCUAUCCCCACCAAAGCAUUCGUUGUGCUUUCUGCUCUUGUUUUGAUCUUAAUACAACCAGCUUUUGCACCAGCCGCUUUUGCAUCCUUUGAAACUGCAACCAACACUGGUAGCCCAGCUGUUGCUAUUGGGGGAAGACUGAUCCAGACAGAGUUGCUUAGUAGUGCAUGGACUGGUUUAUUUGCCGGUUGCUUACACACAUUAUCAGGGCCAGACCACCUAGCUGCUUUGGCUCCACUCUCAAUUGGACGUACCCGCAUUGAAAGUGCCUUAGUGGGAGCCCUCUGGGGAUGUGGCCAUGAUGCUGGUCAGGUUAUCUUUGGCUUAAUAUUUUUACUACUAAAGGAUCGGCUUCAUAUUGAGAUUAUCCGAACUUGGGGCACGAGAGUUGUGGGCCUUACCCUACUAGUCAUUGGUGGUAUGGGUAUUAAGGAAGCUUCAGAAGUCCCAACUCCUUGUGUUGCCUUAGAGAAUGGCGAGUGUGAUGUUAGCGUAUACGAGUCUCUAGAUAACCCCACAGUUGGGAAGAAGAAGAUUGGUUUUGCUACUUUUGCCACUGGAAUUGUCCACGGGCUGCAGCCAGAUGCAUUGAUGAUGGUCUUGCCAGCCCUCGCUUUGCCAUCUCGAGUUGCUGGCGCUGCAUUCCUGGUUAUGUUUUUAGUUGGGACCGUAGUUGCAAUGGGAAGCUAUACUGUCUUUAUAGGUUCAUGUAGUCAGGCAUUAAAGGAUCGAGUGCCCAGGAUUACAGAGAAACUGACAUGGGCUUCUUCCCUGAUUGCAAUUGCUCUUGGGUUCGCCAUCAUCAUCAGCCAGUUCUUCGGGUAUAGCCUGUAUUAGAUUUUUGACCCGGUAAAGACAACGUUUUGCAGGCUUCUCCGCGGGUGUUAGAUAAAGAUCUUACAAGGAUUAUUCGAUUUGUUUAGAGCAAAAGUUCGUCUGGCGCAGCACCUUUUCUCAGCGAGAGUACCGUCGUAUUUCGUUUUGAAAGCUUUUUCCAGUUUUAAUAGAGGGUAAGCCUUCUACAAAUGUAAUUCUUUUAUGGUAGAAGUCAGAUUGGCAUAAAGAUUUUCGUUUGCUUUAAGUUAAAUCGUUAACCUUUGUCUAGACAAAUUGUUCUAUUUCGUUGCACCAGUUCAUAUCAGUUAUCGAUUACGGGAUUAUAAAUUCUGCAUCUGGUUUUCGUUCGUUA